AUGGUGCAGGUAAAAGUGGAACAAGGAUUGCUGGAAGGCGAAGAACUGGAAGCUGUCACAGGCGACAAACGUUACUUCAGCUUUAAAGGCAUUCCUUACGCUGCACCACCGCUGGGAAAACUAAGAUUUCAGGCUCCUCAACCUCCAGAACCAUGGAAGGGAGUAAGAAAAGCGACUGAACACGGACCUGUUUGUAUACAAAAAGAUAUAUUUACAAAUCAGUUUAUUCCUGGAAUGAAGGAUCAAGUGGCUGCGCUCAAAUGGGUGAAACGUAACAUUUCCAACUUCGGAGGUGAUCCAAACAAUGUAACUGUUUUCGGUGAAAGUGCAGGAGGUGCGUCCACGGCAUUACAUGUUCUAUCACCUAUGUCAAAAGGCCUUUUUAAAAGAGCUAUUCCAAUGAGUGGUGUACCAUUUUGCGAUUGGUCAAUGGCUUUUGAACCUAAAAGGAAAGCCUUUGUUCUUGGAAAGCAACUAGGAAUAGACACUACUGACACAGAAAAAUUGCUUGAACUUUUACAAAAUAUUCCAAUAGAGAGACUAGUUGAUGCAAAUCCUUCUGUGGUAUCGUCUGAAGAGUUGUCGACAGGCAAUCUACUAAAAAUAUAUCAUUUCACGCCAGUCGUGGAGAAAGAUUUUGGUCUUGAUCAUUUUUUAACAGAAGAUCCUGAGGAAGCGAUGAAAAAUGGCCGUCUUAAUGAUGUAGACAUUAUGAUAGGCUAUACAAGUGAGGAAGCUGUAGUUGGUGUGCAAUCUUUUGAAAAUAAUUUAAUAAAAACCUAUAAUAGGUACAGCGAAAUGCUCGUGCCGAGAAAGAUUUUGAUGAAAUGCCCUACGAGCACUAUUUUAGAGAUAUCAGAUAGAAUCCAUAAAUAUUACUUUGGAGAUAAACCCAUAAGCGUUGACUGUAUGAAAGAGUUUGUCCAAUACGCAUCUCAUAGUUGUUUCCUACGUGAUGUACACAAAUACUUAAAUCUUCUCCCUAAAAAAGGUAUAAGGAUAUACUUGUAUAAAUUCUCAUGCGUCUCUGAGAGGAAUAUUUAUGGCAAUCAAGGUUCCAAAUUUGGUAUAACUGGCGCGGCGCAUUUAGACGAUUUAAUGCAUUUGUUUGAUGCAAAAAUGUUCAAUUUAAAGGUGGACAAAAGUAAUUCGACUUAUAAGAUGAUUCAACAGACAUGUACCUUGUUUACAAACUUUGCGAAGUUUGGUAACCCAACUCCUGAUUCCUCGCUUGGCGCAAUAUGGCCCGAAUACAAUGAAGCUACAGGGGCAUAUCUGGAUAUAGGCGAGAAGUUGACACCCGGCGAAGCGCUUGACGCUGAAUAUUUGAAAUUUUGGAACAGUAUAUAUGAAUACGCUGGAUUAGCUUAA